AUAUGUAUAAGAGUAAAACCCGGAUUAUUUAAUUGUAGUGAUAAAAAAAAAUAGUUAUUGAUAAUAAAUGUUUGCGUGGCCUUUUUUUUUUAAUUUCAUUUUUUGUCAUUUCACGUAAAAUCUCUACCGCAGCAACGCCUCACGACUUCUCUUUCUCUCCCAUCAUCCUGUGCGGUGUGAGGGUUUCGUGCGCGCGCUGUCUGUGGUGCUGAAGCUGCGCGUGCCGUCCACAGGCGCAUCCUUCCUUCCGCGAGACCAGAAAGCGGAAUUCUGUUUCCGACGGUUGGGCCGUUUGCUAAUUUCGGGAUGCUUCCUCCCGCUUCUCUUCGCUCUUUUUCGCCUUUUUAACUCGCAUUUAUGAUUUGAAGCGCCAGUGACAAUCUUCAGACGCGCCUUCUGCCUCUGUUUCUUUCGUCUCUUUCGGGUUUUAUUUUUUUUUAUCGACGCUUCCAGUCAGUUCGGUGCCGCCUGCCUGCCCCGCCGAUACCGCAUCCUUUAUGCACAGCACGCUGCUCCAGAGCUCCCCGAAGAAACACACCGAGCACAAUGGCCCGCUCCAGCUGCGUCCACUGAGAGACAUGGAAGCCAAACAACACCAGAUAAAAAGCCUGAAAAGCUACCCGGAGUCUGGCGGUCGUAGCCUGGCAGCGGCCGCCGGAGCAGGAGGAGGCGGCGGUAGUGGAGGCGGUGGAGGAGGAGACGGCGGGUAUCGAGCCGGCUCGGCCGAAACGGAGAUGGAGCUGAAGAUUCAGAAAGCCAUCGACUUCAAAGCGGAGGGCCACCGCUGCUACAAGGAGAAGAAAUUCCGGGAGGCGAUAGGCAAGUACCACCGCGCGCUGCUCCAGCUGAAGGGGGUUCAUGUUGUGGACGGGACGACGGGCUCCGAGGUCAACCUGCUGAGUCAAGCCGCGGCCAAGCUGACCGAGGAGCAGCGGAGAGCCGUGGAGAACACCGAGAUCGAGUGCUACGACAGCCUGACAGCCUGCCUGUUACAAUCUGACCUGGUGAACUACGAGAGAGUGAAGGAGUACUGUCUGAAGGUGCUGAGCCACCAGAGGGACCACUUUAAAGCCAUGUACCGGGCCGGCAUUGCCUUCUAUCACCUGGGGGAUUAUGAAUGUGCGUUACGCUACCUGCGCGAUGCUAAGAACCGCGAACCUGCAGACACCAACGUGCUUAGAUACAUCCAGCUGACAGAGAUGAAGAUGAGCAAGAGUGGACAGCGAGAACGGGAAAGCGGCAAAGAGACCCAGGGCUAAUCCCGUCCAGCUUCCUGGCCCUCCUGUUCCCUUUGACCCUUUUGGCAAUCCUGCUGACCCCUUCCUCUCUCCUCCUCUCUCCCCCUCCUCCUCCUCUUUCUCUUCCUCCUCCGACUCCUGACAGCAGCACAGACGGAACAGACCCAACCACCCAGCUGGUGACACACAAACGGGGCACAUAUCAACAACUGUCUGCUACUUUCUCCUCUUCUCUCCUCUCGGUUUCUCCCUCGGGGGCUUUGGCUUCUCUCCCUGGACACAAUCAGCAGCCUAACACGAAGAAAAUCAACAACAAAAACAAACGAGAGACAAAACUGUAAUAUACUCAUAGAAACCGUCCUUGUGCCGGAGUGAAAAAGGAGCUUCAAAGACCCGCACAUGAACCAUGAACAUUUGGUUGGUUUAGUACACGUUCAAAGAGCAGAACAUGCUUUUACUUCCUGCUUUCUUGCUCCUCUCUCUUUUUUCUCUCUGCCUUGUUUCUCCACGACCCCAAAUUCUCCAGGAGAGCUUUUGGGCUCGGGAAGCUGGACCACACUGGCAGGAGGGCAGGGGUCUGUGUGCAGGGAGACAGCGUGAAGCAUGACGGUUGUGAGACAUAUCAAGAUCGCAUCCCAUUCUGAUUGUACACCACGACCGAACAGAGCCCACUUCAGACCGGCUGGCGACAAGAAGCUGCCUCUGUUCCCGAUCUGUCAUUUCUCUGCCCGACCUCUCUGCCAUGCAUCUCACUUUCUAGACUGUUCUUUCAAUUCAAGGGCUAAUUCAAGUGUUUGUAACUCCUUGGUUAGGGUUUUUAGUUUUGCCGUCACGGUCAGUCGUACGUGAAAUGUUUGUUUGCAGCACAGAGGCAAAAUUCUCACGCGGUUCUGGCUGUUGUCCGGUCCGCUGUUGUGGCGAGAGGAAGAAACAGUGCAGUGUGUCUUGAAUCUGUUGUCCGAAGCCUCUCGCGGAUCGCGUGACGUGGCUGUCAUGUUGGAGAGAUUGCGCGAGGCCUUCCUCUUUCUCCCGGUUCUCCAUGAAUGAUGUCACGACGGAAAACAGCCAAUGAGCUCAGGCUGAGCUCAGGAGCUUCAUCAAACCCGGGUCGGCUCGUUGGACUCGCAUUUCCAAACGGCCCGACCUUUUCCCGCUAACGCCGAGCCUUCCCGGUGGUUGCUGAGACACUGAGGAGACUCCGGGCAGCGUUAGUGCAGGGAAAACACUCUCAAUCAUCGGUCCCAACCACAGCGCCGAGGCACUCCGCUGUCCAAGAAGAGAGCCAUUUGAGAUUCCUCCUGCUUUCAGUUUGCGUCGUGCUGAUAGACAAACGCGGCUGUGAGGGCAUGCGACAUUAGCAUCCGAAACUACUGACGGUAUAAGUUAGUGCGUAUCCAUUACUGGCUGUCAAAACUCUGCCGCUUGCUUCUGUUGUGGCUCAUGAAGCUGAAUCAUUGAUAUCGCUUUUUUUUUCUUUUUCUGAUAGCUUUUCUGCAGGUUUAAAUCGUCCGGCGCGGUUCCGGCCAGGGGCUCAAUCGAUCAUAUGUGAAAGCAUGACCUGAAUUCCUCUCCUCUCUGGGGCGGUGGAACCCAGAUUUCCUCGUUCCUUUUGUGCAAGCCCACGCUCCGCAUGCAAAGCGUGGCUCUUGAGAGUUAUUUGAGAAGUCUUUUUUGUUUUUGUUUUUUUUGACUGGGAGUUUAUUGGCCCUGUUGCGUUCUGUCAUGGCAUGCUGCCACUAAAAUGCUUGCUCAUGCAAUCUGCGUAGCUCUUCUCUGAACUGAGAGGGUUGUGACUGUGAUCACAGUAAAAGAGGUAUGAAAUAUCUCUGGAUAGAGCUUGUUGUUAAUUUACAAAGGUGGAGGAUUGUUGCUCUGAAAGCUAAAUGAUUAAAUCGGAAGCUGGGAAGGACAAUGCCCUCCCAGUUUGAUUUAUUGGCCAGGUACGAGUUCGAGAAGGACCCACAGUAAGUGUGUCAGUGGCACUCUGGAGAGACGGUACAUGGAGGCUCCGGGGGAAGUAGGCCAUCGUCGGCUCGAGUUAAGCAGUUGCAGCCCCUUGCAGAAGAUGCAGCAAGGUUCAAAUCACAUUUAUCAUUCAUGACUACAUGAUGGGGAUUUAUGACCAUGUCCACAAAAACAGAGCUGCAGCUGAGGCAUCUCGCCGUCGAUGAAACGUCCUCCUUAAGGAGUCUGACAGCCGGAAUUCACUUUCAACCAUAAGAAGGGAAAAAAAAACCCAGCUGUUUCAAUGCUGUAAACUUUAACAUGAUGACAUAAUAAUAGUAUUACACACAGCCUUGCAAAAGUAUUCAUACCUCUUGUAAUUAUGCUCAUUUUCUGCACAGAGUUCAGUGUAUUUUCUGUGAUAGUCCAACACAAACUAGAGUAUAGUUCUGAAGCGGAAUCGGGACUUCUUAAAGUUUUCUUUUACUAUCGGCUUUCUUCUUGAUGUUCUCUAAAGAUCAGAUUUGUGGAGAGCGUGACUUGUUAACAGAGUUCCUCGGUCUCCAUGAUGCUGUUUGUUCAAUUAACGCCCUUCAAUGAACCGCUAGCGUAGGAUUUCUCUUUCGUGUUAGCCAAAAGACCACAAGCCAUUUCUCCCCCAAAAGCUCGACUCUCAUGUUUGCUUUUGUUGUAUUUACCCAGAAUGCCCUGCACUGGAGUCCACUUCCUGCUUUUGAAUCGGUCUCCACACAUGCAUUCGAACUGCUCCAGAGUUCACUUCAACUGAACCGAGAUCCAGGUUUGUAGGCUGACCAGAGUUUGAUUGCACAUUCGCACCUCCCCAAACAAACGGGACUUUCUGGACAAGCGACCUGGAGUUUGAUUGAAGCAGACUGAACUGGGCUGGUGUGAAUGCACCCACAAAACGAAUACUUUUUAGAUCACAGUGAAGCCAGGCUGGCAGGAUGUGAAGGACAGAGCGAGGGCCAGAUUUGCUGGGAAGGGCCUGGAACCCGCUAAUAACUGCUUGCGUCUCUCGUUAAUUUUUUAUUUGUAACACUGUUGAAAACCUUGUACCAGUUUCCUUUCACCUCACAAUCAUGCGGCGCUUUGUGUUGGUCUAUCACGUAAAAUCUCAAUUAAAAAUCAUCGGGUUUGCGCUUUUGACACAACGUGAGCAGGUCUGAUACUUUUGCAGGGGCCUGUCAGCUUUAGCUGCAACAUCCAAACAUUGUGUUGGGAUUGAGACGUGAGAUGCAGAAACCGUUCUGCUCCUGCGCGCUCUCUGCCGUGUGUUUAUGUCUUCUGCCUCCCAGAGGAGAUAAAUCAGCAGCAGCAGGAGGCUCGGUCUCCAUGGCUGCUGGAGCUGAGUCUCCUCUCCCACAGGGUCCCGCGGGGACCGGUGUCCCCCUCACUGUCGUCUCUCCACGGCUCCGGCUCAUCAUCUUGUUUUCGUCUGGCUGUGCUGAAGUCAUCUUAGCUCAUGGUGUAAGAGAAAGGUUAACUAGCUGCACACUGAGCAGGUUUGUUGCUUACUGACCGCGCUGACUCUGAGGCUGUUAAUGGCGAGUAAAAUAAUAAAUAAUAAUAAAUAAUCCAACAACGAGCUGCGUGUGCAAACAGAGACUCCUCAUCUCUUUG